CCAAAAGCCCUGCAAACAGAUCAGUGUAAAGCAGAAAGCAUGAAGGGAGUAUGCAUGAAAAUCUAUUGGUUUGUGGUCUAUAUCGCAACACAAGGAGGAACUGUUCUGCUGCCUGUGACCUAAAAAAAGGGGUAGGCCUUGGGCUUGAUUCUAACUUGAUAACCCUGUAGUGUGCUGCAUGCAGAGGAAUGUCUUUCUGUUUCUACAAGUGACAUCUCAAGGAACACAGCAAACGACGAAAGAGAAAAGGAAAAAAGGCCAGCAAAAAAAAAAAAAUGGAUUAGAGCAGCACUGGACAUUGGAGAACAUCGACUGAAGUGGGCAAAAAAGUCUUUAGGUAACGAUAGAGUCAGAGAGUACUAUGGCCUCCAACCAACACAGACCAAAACCCAGCUUGAGCCUCCGCUCAAACACAACUGUACGUUAUGGCUCCAUGAGCUCUGAACAACCAGAUAGUGACACACCCUCCGUUCAAACAGCCUCCAUUUCUCAGCGAUGCUCCUACAUCUCAGUGGCAGUGCUCUGCUACAUCAAUCUCCUCAACUAUAUGGACCGUUAUACUAUAGCAGGUGUGCUGCUUAGCAUCCAGAAAUACUUCAAAAUCGAUGACAGCACAUCAGGUCUCCUACAGACAGUUUUUAUCUGUAGCUUUAUGUUGUUGGCGCCAGUUUUUGGUUACCUUGGAGAUCGCUACAACAGGAAGCUUCUCAUGAUCGCUGGGUUGAUUGUGUGGAUUGUUACAUCACUGGGCAGCUCUUUCGUCAAAAAUACGUCAAAGCACUUCUGGAUUCUGGUCCUGACGAGGGCCCUAGUUGGGACAGGAGAGGCCAGUUACUCCACCAUCGCUCCAACUAUCAUUGGUGACUUGUUCACUGGCAACAAAAGAACUCUCAUGAUCUCCUUCUUCUAUAUCUGCAUACCGGUCGGAAGUGGUCUAGGAUAUAUAAUGGGAGCAACUAUAGCUAAUGCAACUGGGGAUUGGCGUUGGGCCCUGAGGUUCAGUCCUGCUCUUGGAGGACUGGGUCUGCUGCUCCUUGUGUUUCUGAUUCCCGAUCCUCCUCGAGGAGCCUCGGACAAACAGGGAGGAGCAACGUUGGAAAAUACUGCUUACAUUGAGGACGUCAAGUACCUCUGGAAGAAUCGGAGUUUUGUCUGGUCUUCUCUUGGCGUGACUGCCAUGGCUUUUGUCACAGGGGCUCUGGCCUUCUGGACCCCCACCUUUCUGUCUCGUGCACAGGUUACACAGGGUCUCAGGCGACCUUGCAGUGAAGAGCCCUGUAACCCUUUAGACAGUUACAUUUUUGGAGCAAUCACAGUGGUGACAGGGGUUGUGGGAGUGUUUCUGGGCACCUACAUAUCAAGGAGGCUGAGAGACAGAUUCCCAAAUGCAGACCCUCUCAUCUGUGCUUUUGGCAUGCUCAGCUCCUCCCCCUGCUUUUUCAUUGCCAUCAUCCUGGCAGGCACCAGCAUCCCGGCCACUUACACAUUCAUUGCAAUUGGAGAGUUGUUGCUGUCCCUUAACUGGGCUCUUCUGGCGGACAUUCUGCUGUAUGUUGUCGUGCCUACCAGAAGAGCUACAGCUGAGGCCUUACAGAUUAUGGUCUGUCAUCUUCUUGGAGAUGCUGGAAGUCCAUACCUUAUUGGUGCGAUCUCAGACGCUCUGCGUAAGUAUAAGCCAGACACUCUCAGCUGGGACUUCCAUAGACUGGAAUAUAGCUUUCUUCUGUGCCCCUUCAUUGGGGUCUUGGGAGGCCUGUUCUUCCUAAUGACCUCUCUGUAUAUCAAAGAGGACAGGAAGGCAGCAGAACUGCUCACUUCAGGAGAGGCUCCUGCACCACCGGAGACAUCCACAGAGUCAAUGUGACCUUUUACACACGACCGAGACCUUGGAUGAGCUUUGCUACAUCAAGCAAUCACUUGUAAAUGAGACAUGGACAUGGUUUGAAACUUUCAAAUGACAAUAAGCAUGUGUUGUGACAGGAUACGAGUAAUGUACAAGUUUACAUCACUAAAACACUGGACUGGCAUCUUACUGAGAAAAACAAACAAACACAUUAGGAUGCGUUUUUAUAUUUUACAUUUUUUUUUAAUUAGUCAUGACUUUCAUACGUGUGAGUAACUUAUUGUCUUGCUUACAAAUUUUCCAUAAGGGAAAUUAAACUGCCUGUUGUAAUUUUUGUCGUUUUCAACCAUUUAUGCUAAACAAAAAAAUGUUGACAGACAAAGCUCAGCUCACCAUGCACUUGUCAUUAGAAGCUUACGGCCUGCUUUCUCCACUCAGCAGCUGUGUGCUACUAAUGAGA